AUGAGAAUUGAAGAUACUAGCUAUGGCAAUAGCAAGCAUCUUGGAUCGAUCUACAACCGCCUACAAGCCCUUGAAGGAUCAUCUCAUGCCAAGUACAAGAGAGAGAGGAGUCCAACACCCAACCACCCUCCCUUUUAUUGCAAUGCCAUCACAAGAAGAAGCAAUACUCACCAAGUCCAUGAGGACAAUGAAGAAGAAGAAAGAGAGUAUGAGGAACAACUAAAUGAUGAAGAUGAAGAGCAGAGCAUCGACAUCAAUGCUUCUCCAAAACAGAGCAUGGAUACACCUAGCCCUAUUGACCCUCGUUUCUCACCAACACCAGAAGUCAAGCUUCUGACACUUCCAAGAUUGGAAGCAAUGCAAAGACCAUCACCACCUACUGAAGAAGAAGAUACUUGGCAUAUGAUCCCAUUGAUCCCAACAAGAUAA